AUGCUAGAAUACCGUACACAGGGCUACAACGGCUACAGUGUCAAGUACUCGCCGUUCUUCGACUCGCGCAUCGCCGUUGCGGCGUCGGCCAACUUCGGACUGGUGGGCAAUGGCAGGAUUUAUGUGCUCGGUCUGACCCCCAACGGCAUCGUCGCCGAGAAAUGGUUCGACACUCAGGACUCUCUCUUUGACACGUCCUGGUCCGAGGUACACGAGAACCAGCUCUUGACUGCUGGCGGCGAUGGCUCGGUCAAGCUGUUCGAUAUCACGCUUGCCGACUUCCCUGUCCAGUCAUGGCAAGAGCAUGCGCGCGAGGUCUUCUCGGUGCAGUGGAAUCUUGUGGCCAAAGACACUUUCUUGUCCAGUAGUUGGGAUGGUACCGUCAAAAUAUGGAAUCCAAACGCGAGCGCCAGCUUGACCACACUGCCGACUCAUUCAUGCACCUAUUCGGCGGCCUUCAGCCCACACAAUCCCAGCACAGUGAGCUGUGUCAGUUCCGACUCGCAUCUACGCAUAUUUGACCUCCGGACGCCCGCAUCCGCCUCGAACCACCUCACUUUCAGUAUUCCCAUUCACACACCACCCAAGCCGCGGAUGGGAGUGCCGGCCCCGGUUGGUAUCCAGCCAUCCGAAGCACUAAGUCAUGAUUGGAACAAGUACAGAGACACGAUCGUAGCAACUGCAGGCGUCGACCGCUUGAUUCGCACGUUUGAUAUCCGCGCGCCAAACGCCGGCCCCAUUGCUGUACUUCCCGGGCACGACUAUGCAGUGCGGCGCAUCACAUGGUCACCUCACCUAUCAGAUAUUCUAUUGAGCGCCAGCUAUGACAUGACGUGUCGGGUGUGGACAGACGGGAGCGCUAUGGGCGCCGGCACGAUGAAGCAAGACAACACGCUUGAAGAUCCCAUGGUGCUUGGUGGGGGUAGGCAAAUGGGAAGCAUGGGCCGACAUACCGAAUUUGUCACUGGCGUUGACUGGUGUCUGUUCGGUGCAGAGGGAUGGUGUGCGAGUACGGGCUGGGACGAAAGAGUCUUGGUAUGGGACUGCAAGGCGAUCAUGCAAUGA